AGCGCUCAACAUCCGGGGACGUCGGCCUAGAGUAACCCCGCUCGCGUGACCUUUCCCCUCCAUUCCGCACCUCCCACGGCCCGCCCCGCAAGCUCGCGGAGUUUGGAAGUGAGCUCCGGUGCCUCCUUCCUACCUUCCUCCCGAGCUUCGGCUCACCCCACUGGCGUCCCCUCCGCGCAACUCCUCGUCAUGGCGGCUCUCAGCAAGUCCAUCCCUCAUAACUGCUACGAGAUCGGCCACACUUGGCACCCUUCCUGCGGGGUCUCUUUCUUGCACAUCACCGGGGUCGCCCUGGAGGAGUCCCUGAAGAUCUAUGUUCCCCUGUACUUGAUUGCAGCAAUUCUCCGGAAACGAAAAUUAGAUUAUUAUUUACACAAACUACUCCCUGAGAUCCUACAAUCUGCUUCAUUUUUGACUGCUAAUGGGGCCUUGUAUAUGGCUUUCUUUUGCAUUUUAAGGAAGAUACUUGGAAAAUUCUACUUAUGGAGUCCUGGCUUUGGUGCCGCUCUGCCAGCAUCUUAUGUGGCCAUUCUAAUUGAAAGAAAAAGCAGGAGAGGGCUUCUCACAAUUUAUAUGGCUAAUUUGGCGACAGAAACACUAUUUAGAAUGGGUGUAGCAAGAGGAACCAUCACAACGUUAAGAAAUGGAGAAGUCCUUUUGUUCUGCAUCACAGCUGCCAUGUACAUGUUCUUUUUCAGGUGUAAAGAUGGUUUGAAAGGAUUUACAUUUUCCGCACUUAGGUUCAUUGUAGGGAAGGAAGAAAUCCCCACACAUUCUUAUUCACCAGAGACAGCAUAUACAAAAGUGGAACAAAAGACAAAGAAACAGGAAAAACCAAGAAGAAUGAAUGUGAUUUCUCUAGUCAGGAAACUUGUGGAUUCAGUAUGUAAGCAUGGACCAAGGCAUAGAUGUUGCAAACAUUAUGAAGAUAAUUGCAUCUCUUAUUGCAUUAAAGGUUUCAUCAGAAUGUUUAGCGUGGGAUACUUAAUUCAGUGCUGCCUCCGAAUUCCCUCUGCAUUUAGGCAUCUGUUCACACAGCCAUCCCGACUGCUUUCCCUCUUCUACAAUAAAGAAAACUUCCAGCUUGGAGCUUUUCUGGGCUCUUUUGUUAGUAUAUAUAAGGGUACUAGUUGCUUCCUGCGCUGGGUCAGAAACCUGGAUGAUGAGCUGCAUGCUAUAAUAGCUGGAUUUUUGGCGGGAGUAUCAAUGAUGUUUUAUAAAAGUACAACAAUAUCCAUGUAUUUAGCUUCCAAAUUGGUGGAGACUAUGUAUUUCAAAGGCAUUGAAGCAGGAAAGGUUCCCUAUUUUCCCCAUGCAGAUAGUAUUAUCUAUUCCAUCUCUACAGCAAUUUGCUUCCAGGCAGCUGUCAUGGAAGUUCAGACCUUACGACCGUCGUACUGGAAGUUCCUUUUAAGGCUCACCAAGGGCAAAUUUGCUGUCAUGAACCGAAAACCCCUUGAUGUUUUUGGUACUGGUGCAUCUAAACACUUUCAGGAUUUUAUCCCUAGAUUGGAUCCAAGAUAUACGACUGUAACACCAGAGUUACCCAUCAAGUUUUCUUGAAGAUGACUGUAAUUUAUUAAUGUGUCUUAAUGUUUCUUUAUUUUAUUCUGAAGAGUUAAUUAUGUUGAACACAAAGAAGGGGGCCCGAGCUUGAGCUUCAGUGUUAUUUCAAUGAGAGAUGCUCUUUUUUUGUUUGUUUUUCUUACCAGUCAGAACUAUAGAAGCUUUUUAGGAAGGUGUUGCUUAAUAAUUAAGCUCCCUUUGUAGCCAGAAUCUGAUUCUAGAUCACCAUAGUGGUUGAUAUUAUGAUAUAUUAUUGAUUAAAUUAUGUCCACAAGCAAUAUUAAAUAAUCUAUGUAAAAAAUAAGAAUAUACUUAACAUUACUUUAAAAGAUGUUUUCAAUUCAUUCCAAUGUAAUUCUUGGUUAAAACUAAGAAUAUUUUAGGAUACAAAGGAUCACGGGUACAUGGAUUUGGUCUCUCUCUUUUUUUUUCUUAACUUUUGAAUUGGUAACUUGGGUAGUAAAAUGUUAUGGAUAUGAAGUAACUCUGCACAGACAGUGCUGCUUUAGUGUAGAACAAAGUGGCCAUUCUUACUUCAGGGAUGUGAAAACGGGUCUCAGACUGGAUAAAUGCCGUGGUAUCCAUGCUCUUCUUCCACUGACACCUUCACCUCUCUCCAUGAUUAGCUGGGCUAUUUAUUUGACAGCACAGUGAAUCUAUGUACUAAUGGCAGGUUAGGUACAAAUGGAAAUUGGCAUAUCUGAUAAAGUUGAAAUGUAUGUUUUAAUCUUCUACAGAAGCAUUACACUUGAAUAUUUAAAAGCAAAUGAAGUUACUUGUAAACCUUCUGUAGGUUUAUUAUGUUUGUUUUCAUUUAUAAGGACUGAAUUUUUCAUAGCUAAGUUUGUAUGCCAUUAUUAACUUAGAAGGGAUCAAAAUUCUAUGGAACAAAAGUAGUUUUGGCAGAUUUGGCAGGUCUGGCAGUUUGUUCCCUCUCAACUGUUUCACCUGUACAAUGGAUGCCUUACAACUAGAAGCAAUAUAAAAAUCCAGUAGUUGUUAAAAAAAGUCCAUUAUGUCACGAAAUGGAGUCAGGUUCUCUAGCCUCUUUUCAAAAAAGUAUUGUCACUAUUUCUACCCCCGUUAGAAUAAAGAAGUGACAAAAUAUAGUCACUACUGAUUAUGAGUUAGUUCAGGACACCUGUGAUUGAAAUAUGAUCACUCUUUAAAGUUUUUCAGGGAAAAGUUAUGCUUUCCUAAGUUAAUCAAAGGCUUAUGUGAUUGUGAUAUCUACAGAUGAUGUUACAUAUAGGGAUAAUGAUAUAUUUUUUAAAUAUAAUUUUGUUGCUGAAAAGCUUUAGGUCAUUGUAAGUUAAUUAUGCAGUAGAACUUGUGUUGCAGCAAGAAUUAUAACCCAGACUUUGAAAAUGCUUAAUCUUCCAUAUUUGAUUUCAUCAAGCCUUUUUAUACUUCUGUUUACAUGUAAUCCGAUCCUUGGUUGUUAUGGCAAAUUGAAACCCAACAAAAAUAUGGACUCUGGUACCAUGGUAACAGAGAGAACCACCCUAAUUUGGUCAAAAUUUUACAUUGAGAUUUUUUUAGAAUCGACUAGUCUUUUAGCCAGUACUGUUAAAGGAUCGUUUUGGUUUCAGACUUCAAAAUUGAUUAAUAAAUUAAGUUUUAAGUAUUGGCUUACUGAAAUCAAAAUGAUGAUUCGUACUGUUUUUACUUUUAAAAAUGAAGUGUAGAAAGCACUGCCACUUGCACCUCAUUUUCUCUGUUUAGAAAUUAUGUUUAUAAUAUUUCCUUGUCAGGCUAAAAGAAAAAACAUUUUAAUUCUUAAGUUAUUGUUUUCAUUGACAUUAAACAACUACGAUAUGGAAAGACAAAUUCUACUGAAAUUUGAUGAGAUUGUUUAGUAAAAUUUUAGUGAUGAAAAGGUGCAUUUCUAUGAUUUACCUUUUUAUUUUUAUUUUCUUUUUAACAAACUGCAGUUAUCUUUUAUAUAAAACGUAAAAUCACUAUUGAGAAGCAGAAUACAGUAAUGAAUGUAUAGCUUGAAUGAAUAGAUAAGUAAUUUGCUGUGGUGAAUUGAGAAGUCCAGUUUGAUAUCAUUGGGACACACUGCAAAGUAUACUCCUUUAAGCAAACACGAAGAAACUGUGUUUGCGUUCCUGAAGACAAUCAGAAUGAAUAUGUCUCUACCUCUAACUAAUCAGUUAUUUAUUGAUAACUUGGCAUCAUAAAUAAAGCCAAAUAGAAUGUCUCCAUUCCAAAACAUGUUUAGCCCAUUUAUAUGCCGAAGAAAUCCUGCCUAUGGUAAGUUUCCACCAGAACUGAUUGUGUUAAACAUUAAUUUGCCCCCUGCUAUAUCUUAAUCUUUAUGUAGACUGAAAAACAGUGCAGUAUAAUGGUUGUUUCAUUGCUAUUUUCUGUACUAAUAAAAUCUUAGAGUUAGUACAACCAAGUAAAGACUGAGGUUGCAGUAUAA